CCCGUGCGGGCUUCCCUCUGGCCAGUCGCGCGUGGGCUGAGGCCCUGGGCGGGCGUUGCGAAGGCUUGUUUGCUCAAGCGCUGACCCUGGGGCGGUCAGGAGUUCUCUACCUCGGGGGUGGAGGGUGCAGACCCCGUACCUAAGGUGAAUGUGCUGUCUCGUGGACUGCUAAGGACAGGCUGGGGAGCAGGGGGGCCGGCGCCGCGGCCAUGAACUCACCCGUGGACCCCGGCGCUAGGCAGGCGCUGAAGAAGAAGCCUCCCGAGCGGACCCCCGAGGAUUUAAAUAUUAUUUAUUCUUAUCUUCAUGGAAUGGAAAUAUUAUCAAAUCUCAGGGAACAUCAGCUUAGAUUAAUGUCUGCAAGAGCACGCUAUGAGAGAUACAGUGGCAAUCAAAUUCUUUUUUGUUCAGAAACUGUUGCCAGAUGUUGGUAUAUCCUGCUUUCUGGAUCUGUGCUUAUGAAAGACUCCAUGGUCUUGCCUCCUUGCAGUUUUGGUAAGCAGUUUGGAGGAAAAAGAGGAUGUGAUUGUCUUGUAUUAGAGCCUUCAGAAAUGAUUGUGGUAGAGAAUUCCAAAGAUAAUGAAGACAGUAUUCUACAAAGAGAAAUUCCUGCCAGACAGUCUCGACGAAGGUUUCGGAAAAUUAAUUAUAAAGGAGAGCGCCAAACUAUUACUGAUGAUGUGGACAUUAACAGCUAUCUUUCUCUUCCGGCCGAUCUUACCAAGAUGCACAUCACAGACAACCCUCAUCCGCAGGUGACUCAUGUGUCUUCUAGUCAGUCUGGUUGUAGCAUCGCCAGUGACUCUGGGAGCAGCAGUUUAUCUGAUAUCUAUCAGGCUACGGAAAGUGAGGUAGGAGAUGUAGAUUUAACACGUCUUCCAGAAGGACCCGUUGAUUCUGAAGAUGAAGAAGAGGAAGAUGAAGAGAUUGAUCGAACAGAUCCACUACAGGGGCGAGAUCUUGUUCGAGAAUGUCUCGAGAAAGAACCUGCAGACAAAACUGAUGAUGACAUUGAACAAUUACUGGAGUUUAUGCACCAGCUCCCUGCUUUUGCAAACAUGACCAUGUCUGUAAGGAGAGAACUCUGCUCAGUGAUGAUUUUUGAAGUGGUAGAGCAGGCUGGAGCUAUUAUUCUUGAAGAUGGGCAAGAGCUUGACUCAUGGUAUGUUAUUUUAAACGGCACUGUAGAAAUCACUCAUCCAGAUGGAAAAGUUGAAAAUCUCUUUAUGGGAAAUAGUUUUGGAAUUACUCCCACUCUGGAUAAGCAAUACAUGCAUGGAGUUGUUAGGACUAAAGUAGAUGAUUGUCAGUUUGUCUGCAUAGCCCAGCAGGAUUAUUGGAGAAUUUUAAAUCAUGUGGAGAAAAAUACCCAUAAAGUUGAGGAAGAGGGAGAAAUUGUUAUGGUGCAUGAGCACCGUGAACUAGAUCGGAGUGGAACCAGGAAAGGACACAUUGUAAUCAAGGCAACACCUGAGCGUCUCAUUAUGCAUUUAAUAGAAGAACAUUCUAUUGUGGACCCAACUUAUAUAGAAGAUUUCCUACUAACUUACAGGACAUUUCUUCCAAGUCCUUUGGAUGUUGGGAUCAAACUACUGGAAUGGUUUAAAAUUGACAACUUACGGGAUAAGGUAACACGGAUUGUGUUAUUAUGGGUAAAUAAUCAUUUUAAUGAUUUUGAAGGUGAUCCUGCUAUGACUCGAUUUCUGGAGGAAUUUGAAAAAAAUCUGGAAGAUACAAAAAUGAAUGGUCAUCUCCGGUUAUUGAAUAUUGCCUGUGCUGCAAAGGCCAAAUGGAGACAGGUGGUGCUGCAAAAGGCUUCCCGGGAGUCCCCUCUACAUUUCAGCCUUAACGGAGGGAGUGAGAAGGGGUUUGGUAUUUUUGUUGAAGGAGUAGAACCUAGUAGCAAAGCUGCUGAUGCUGGACUGAAACGUGGUGAUCAGAUAAUGGAAGUAAACGGACAAAACUUUGAAAAUAUUACAUUUGUGAAGGCCCUUGAAAUUUUAAGGAAUAAUACUCAUCUUGCACUUACUGUGAAGACCAACAUUUUUGUGUUCAAAGAGUUACUUAGUAGGACUGAACAAGAAAAAUCUGGUAUUCCUCAUAUUCCUAAAAUUGCUGAAAAAAAAAGUAAUCGCCAUUCAAUCCAGGAUGUACCAGGAGAUAUUGAACACACAUCACAGGAGAAAGGAAAUAAGAAAAUAAAAGCAAACACUGUUUCAGGUGGAAGAAACAAAAUCAGGAAAAUUUUGGAUAAAACACGGUUUAGUAUCUUACCUCCAAAACUGUUUAGUGACGGAGGCCUGAGCCAAUCACAAGACGACAGCAUUGUAGGAACAAGGCACUGCCGGCACAGUCUGGCUAUAAUGCCUAUUCCUGGAACACUCUCAUCCAGCAGCCCCGAUCUCCUGCAGCCUACCACCAGCAUGUUGGAUUUUUCUAAUCCUUCAGAUAUUCCUGAUCAAGUUAUAAGAGUUUUCAAAGCAGAUCAACAAAGUUGCUACAUUAUCAUCAGUAAAGACACUACAGCUAAAGAAGUUGUUUGUCAUGCUGUUCAUGAAUUUGGUUUGACGGGUGCGUCCGACACAUAUUCUCUCUGUGAAGUUUCUGUUACUCCUGAGGGUGUCAUAAAACAGAGAAGACUUCCAGACCAAUUCUCCAAAUUAGCUGAUAGAAUUCAGCUCAAUGGAAGGUAUUAUUUAAAAAAUAACAUGGAAACAGAAACCUUAUGUUCAGAUGAAGAUGCUCAAGAACUAGUUAAGGAAAGCCAACUCUCCAUGCUGCAGCUCAGUACCAUUGAGGUGGCCACUCAGCUGUCAAUGAGGGACUUUGAUUUGUUUCGUAAUAUUGAGCCUACUGAAUACAUUGAUGACCUUUUUAAGUUAGAUUCCAAAACAGGAAAUACUCACUUAAAAGAGUUUGAGGACAUUGUUAACCAGGAAACAUUCUGGGUUGCCUCAGAGAUUUUAACUGAAUCGAAUCAGCUGAAACGAAUGAAGAUUAUUAAGCAUUUUAUUAAAAUUGCACUUCAUUGUCGAGAAUGUAAGAACUUCAAUUCCAUGUUUGCAAUAAUAAGUGGCUUGAACCUGGCAUCUGUAGCACGACUCAGAGGUACUUGGGAAAAAUUACCAAGCAAGUAUGAGAAACACCUCCAAGAUCUACAAGACCUUUUUGAUCCAUCUAGAAACAUGGCAAAAUAUAGAAAUAUUCUUAGUAGUCAAAGCAUGCAGCCUCCAAUUAUUCCACUCUUCCCUGUUGUCAAGAAAGAUAUGACAUUUCUACAUGAAGGAAAUGACUCCAAAGUAGAUGGUUUAGUGAAUUUUGAGAAGCUAAGAAUGAUUGCCAAGGAAAUCCGGCAAGUUGUUCGAAUGACUUCUGCUAACAUGGACCCAGCUAUGAUGUUUCGACAGAGGUCACUGAGUCAAGGCAGCACAAACUCGAACAUGCUGGAUGUUCAAGGAGGUGCACACAAAAAAAGGGCACGUCGCAGUUCUCUACUUAAUGCCAAGAAGCUAUACGAGGAUGCCCAGAUGGCAAGAAAAGUGAAGCAGUAUCUUUCCAGUCUGGAUGUAGACACAGAUGAGGAAAAGUUUCAGAUGAUGUCAUUGCAGUGGGAACCUGCCUAUGGUACCUUGACCAAGAAUUUAAGUGAGAAAAAAUCAGCCAAAUCAUCAGAAAUGUCUCCAGUGCCUAUGAGAUCGGCAGGCCAAACAGCUAAAGCACAUUUGCAUCAGCCCCACAGAGUAAGCCAGGUGCUCCAAGUGCCAGCUGUUAAUUUGCACCCGAUCAGGAAGAAGGGACAAACCAAAGACCCUACCGCAUUGAAUACAAAUUUACCUCAGAAAGUUUUAGGAACAACUGAAGAAAUAAGUGGUAAGAAACAUCCAGAAGAUACUAUCUCUGUGGCAUCAUCUUUACAUUCUAGUCCUCCUGCAUCUCCUCAAGGUUCCCCUCGCAAAGGUUAUACACUUAUACCAUCAGCUAAAUCUGACAACUUGUCUGACUCCAGCCAUAGUGAAAUUUCUUCACGAUCCAGCAUCGUGAGCAAUUGUUCUGUUGACUCCAUGUCUACAGCUCUGCAGGAUGAACGGUGUUCUUCACAGGUUGUGGUGGUCCCUGAGUCCACUGGGCGUUUGGAAAAGACAGAACACUCCUCAGGGAUAGGAGAUCAUACUCAACUUGGCCCUGGGUGGACGUUGUCAAAGCCAUCUCUCGUCAAGAGUUUAGCUGUCUCUGCUUCUUUGAGUAAUGAAGAGAUUUCUCAUGAACACGUCAUUUUAGAAGCAGCGGAUAGUGGUCGUGGAAGUUGGACUUCCUGUUCAAGCAGCUCCCAUGACAACUUCCAAAGCCUUCCAAACCCAAAAGGCUGGGAUUUUUUGAACUCUUACCGACAUACCCAUUUGGAUGGCCCCAUUGCUGAAGUUGAACCCCCUGACUGUGAGCCCUAUUCCUGCCCUAAAGGCUGUUCUAGAACUUGUGGUCAGUGUAAAGGAAACCUAGAGGCUAAUCAGAUGAGACAGAGUUGGGCCUCCUCCAGUUCUCUGUCUGAUACACAUGAACCAAACUAUGGGACAGUUAAACGGAGAGUGUUGGAGAGCAUCGCACCUGAGUCCUCUGAAGGCUUGGACCCCAAGGAUGGCACUGACCCAGUUUACAAAACUGUUACUUCAAGUACAGAAAAGGGCCUGAUAGUGUACUGUGUCACCUCACCCAAGAAGGAGGAUAGGUAUAGGGAGCCACCUCCCACUCCUCCAGGAUACAUGGGGAUUUCUUUAGCGGACCUAAAGGAAGGACCCUACCUACACCUAAAACCUCCAGAUUAUAGUGUGGCAGUGCAGAGGUCAAAGAUGAUGCAUGACAGCCUCUCUAGACGGCCACCAGCUUCUCUCGGUAGCAGCCCCGUGGCCUGUGUUCCAUCGAGGAUUGUAACUCAGCCUCAGAGGCAUAUUUUGCAGCCGUCCCAUCCUAAACUAGCAGAUGUGACUGAUGCAGAUAGCGAAGCAGAUGAAAAUGAACAGGUCUCAGCAGUGUAACCUUUGGAGGACCUGCUUGAAGUUUACCGAAAGCCAUUGAGGAAGGAGUGGGCAGAAGCGCCUCAUGAUUCCGCAGGCCGUUGUUGCCAACGAACAGCUUGCCGCCGCUGCUGACCCAGAGGUCUCUUUCCCUGUACUCUGAGCGAUGACCUAGCCCCGAAUGAUGCUUCCUCUUAUCGAAUCCUUGCACAUGCGGAGUUUCCUCAGCUAUGGAUGUUGUGCCUGGAAACCAGUCUUCACUUCGCACACCAGACCUGCCUUGGGACCACAGUUACUAGAACAGGUUCAAACUCAGAGUCCUCCCUAUGUAUAUCAGUAUAGAUUUUUCUUUAACAAGUUAUUUUUAAGAUAGUAGUUUAGUAGUUUUUCCAAGCCAUAGCUUGGGUUAACGGACAAAUUCAAAAAUGUCUGCCAGUACCAAGGAUAUUCUUGUGUAUUUGAAAAGUAACUUAUUAUUUGAAGUUUUGUGGUUUUCUUUGUUUUGGGGAGCUGUCAUUAGCGGAUGUUUAUGUUUGAGGCCAUUAAACUGUCUCUGGUCUGACCAGACUGAAGUCAUCUUUACAGGAUGAUACACUUAAUCUGUACAGAGAUGAACUUGAUCUGUAGCACCAGUGCAAUGUAGGGUCGGUCUCCAUUUGAGUGGGAUAGGAAGCCAUUUGUGGUUGAGGAGUUAGGAAGGAAGAUACUGCAGUCAGCUGAUUUGGAAGGCCAAAUGAAGCUGCCACGGGUUUUCUUAUCGGUCCUUUGGGACAGGGAGGCUGUGAUUGGGUGGGUAGCCACUCUCAUCUCCAAAGAAUGAAAUUUUAUCUUAACAUGUAUACCAGUCCUUUCUGAAGUGAAAGUCAUGCUGCAUCUAACUAAAAGUAUAAAUCCAUUAAGUAGAAAAUGAGUUCAGGAGAGUUCUGCAGAAUCCCAAAACAAAAAUUUUUCACUGCUCAAAUGUGGAGUUCUUUUUUAAAAAGGAAAUGCAAUUAUUGGUGUGUAACCAUGGAAAUGAAUUCAUCUGCAUGUAUGUUCUGCAGCCGCCCCUGCACCCCAUCUCAGCAUGAGGCUGUGUUCAACACUGAACGACCCUGCAGCCCCCAGCUGCCUGCAAGAAAGCUCAUGAGCACACCGAGGUGAUAAG